AUGUCUUUACGGGUGGCUGCACUUCUUCUGUUGGCAUCAGUCCUCUGGAGCCAUGUAGCAGGUGAGAUCCUCUCAUUUUCUACUGCAGAGUUGCUGUUAUUGCUACUUUUACUGCAAGUUAUCAUCAUAGUAUGAUAGUACUUAAAAUGUGUGCACUCACUAACUGUAAGUCGCUCUGGACAAGAGCAUCUGCUAAAUGACUAAAAUGUAAAAUGUAAUAGUAACUACUCUAAUAACGUCUUAGUUGCAUGAUGCUGUGCCUGGAUCACUAGUUGCUUUCAUCAUCUGUGGAACUGUAAACACACUCUUCAUCUUUUCAAAAGAAUGUUGAAAUGUGAUUUUUGUAGAACGGCAUACACAGAGGGAUUACACAGAGGGGAUACACAGAGAUACACAGAGGGGAUACACAGAGGGGUGUCACGCCCUGGCUCUGGGGACUCAUAUGUUGAGCCAGGGUGUGGAUUUUUCUAUGUUAUAGUUUUCUAUGUUGUGUUCUAGUUCGUGUAUAUCUAUGUUGGCCAGGGUGGUUCCCAAUCAGAGGCAGCUGUAGCUUGUUGUCUCUGAUUGGGGCCCAUACUUAGGCAGCCUGUUUGGCACAGUUUAUUGUGGGAUCUUGUUCCGGAAGGUUUGUGUUCAACCCAGGACUUCACGUAUCGUUUGUUUUGUUGUUUUGGUUCGUGUUGUGUACUGCAAUAAAAGAAUGUACGCAUAUCACGCUGUGCCUUGGUCCGCUUCAUCUAACGACGAUCGUGACAAGGGGAUACACAGAGGGGAUACACAGAGGGGAUACACAGAGAUACACAGAGGGGAUACACAGAGAUACACAGAGGGGAUAAUCUAACCUGCUGUGUGUUUGUGUGUAUGUCCCUGCAGCAAGCACAGAUCAGGCGAUGGACUGCUGCUUGACAACGACCGAUGCCAAGCUUCCCCACAGAGUGGUGAAUUCAUACAGUAUCCAGACAGUCAGUGGAGGAUGUCGGAUAGCUGCCACUGUGUAAGCAACAUUAUACCUUCUACACACUGAAUUAAACCCAUCACCCUAACUACAAGUGAAUGUUUUCUGGCUGUGUGUGAUUGCAUUGAUGCAAUUGUGUCUGAUCUGCCAGUUACUUCUGCCAACAGGUUUGUCACAAAGCAGAAUCUUAGAUUGUGUGCUCCUCCUGCCACCAAGAACAACUGGGUGGCCAAACUCAUCAAGCAACUAAAGAGGAAAUCGCAGAAACGAAAGGCCAAGAAGGGAAAAAUG